AUGGAUAUGAUGAUAAAGAAUGAAGAGAACAAGAGAAUGAGCAUGUCCAUGGCAGAUAAUGAUUUCCAAGUAGUUGCCAAAAGACGGCGAAGAGAGCCUGUGCUCCCUUCUGAGGAAAACCAAGGUCAGAAGCAACAAGUUUGUCAAAAUUCUACUACCAGCACGACAAAGAGAAGUUCAAGAUUUCGGGGUGUCAGCAGACAUAGAUGGACAGGUAGAUAUGAAGCUCACUUAUGGGACAAGCUUUCUUGGAACAUAACCCAAAAAAAGAAAGGGAAGCAAGGGGCUUACGACGACGAAAUAUCAGCAGCCAGAGCAUAUGAUUUAGCUGCACUAAAGUACUGGGGAACAUUGACUGUCACCAAUUUUCCUGUUGCAGAGUAUGAAGAACAAGUAGAAAUAAUGCAAACUAUGACAAAAGAGGAGUACUUGGCCACACUAAGAAGAAAGAGCAGCGGUUUUUCAAGAGGGGCAUCAAAGUAUAGGGGUGUUGCAAGGCACCACCACAAUGGUAGAUGGGAAGCACGGAUCGGAAGGGUUUUUGGAAACAAGUAUCUCUACCUUGGCACCUACAGUACCCAAGAGGAAGCUGCUCGUGCUUAUGACAUAGCAGCCAUUGAGUACAGAGGGAGUCAUGCUAUUACCAACUUCGACUUGAGUACUUAUAUGAAAUGGUUAAAAUCUUCAGAAGGAAAUAUCUCAGAAACAAAACUCAAAAAGCUGGAAGUACCAGAGUCUCAGACAGUCGCAUCCCAAUCUCAUUGUUUUCCAAUUGAUGGAUCGAAAUCUUUGGCCAUCGACAGCAGUACUUAUAACUCAAAUAAUCUGAAUUCCUCUCAAAAGUAUGAAGUUUUUGACAAUAAAAAAUACCAAAUGUCCCGCACUAAGUCGUGUUCUUCUCCCACUGCACUUGGGCUACUUUUCCGCUCUACAGUAUUUAGAGAAUUAGUGAAAAAUAAUUCAAACAUGACUGGAGAUGAAACUGAUGGAGAAGACACAAGUGACCGACAGCCAAAGACGGCAAGUGACGAUGAUGAUGAGUUGGAUGGGAUCUUCUGUGGUGGAAUCGGGGAUAUUCCGUUUCUAAAACCCCAAUAG